CCUGAUAUGCGAUCCCCUCACCAACAAGCCGUUAGGUGAUUGACAGCUACCAACGAAUCUGUCCGUCGUCAUCGCUGCACUAAUUGCAUUGUUAUCAUCCCGGUGUACAUGUCCUGGUGCAGAGUGCAUGUAAUACCUCAUUUCUACAAGGUUAAUACCUCAUUUCUACAAGGUUCAGAUCAGCUAUUAAACAAGAUCCAUGGAGAAUGACAUAUUUUACAACCAAUCCGUUAUUGAGGAUGGUUGGUUCAGGGAGGUGAACCUGCAGUGGGCAGGUUACAGCUUAAACCUGCAGGUGGAGGAGGUUUUGUAUGAGGGCAAAUCUAAGUACCAGGAUAUCCUUGCAUUCAAAAGUAAGUCAUUUGGCAAUGUUCUUGUGUUAAAUGGGAUCAUCCAGUGCACAGAGAAGGAUGAGUUCACCUACCAGGAGAUGAUAACACAUAUACCCAUGACCCUUCAUCCGAAUCCACAAAAGGUCUUGGUGAUUGGUGGAGGGGAUGGUGGAGUAGUUAGGGAAGUUCUGAAAUAUGAAUCUGUCAAUCAAGUUGUACUAUGUGAAAUUGAUCAGCUGGUGAUAGAUGUGUGUAGGAAACAUCUGCCAACCAUGUCCUGUUGUCUGGACAACCCUCGGGUUCGUAUUGAGGUGGGGGAUGGGGUGGACUACGUCAGCAACCACCCUGGAGAGUUUGAUGUCAUCAUCACAGAUGCUCCUGACCCUGAGGGUGCUGCUGAGGCUCUAUUCCAGACCAACUACUACAUGGGUUUGAAGGGGGCUCUCAAAGCUGAUGGUAUUGCCUGUUGUCAGGGGCUAACACCAUUUAUAGACCUGCCUAACGUGAAAAAGAUGUUCCAACAGUGUAGAGAUGUGUUUCCUCAGGUUGGUUAUGCUACAGGCAGCACACCCACUUAUGCCAGUGGUAUUAUGGGAUAUCUUGUAGCAAGCUCAACUCCAAACAUUGACUUUACAAAGCCAGUCAGGCGACUAUCUGAAGAAGAUUUAAAAAGAAUGGACUUGAAGUAUUACAACUCAGAUAUUCACACUGCCUCUUUUGUCCUGCCUAAUUACAUUAGAGAGGUUGUUAAAGACAUGAUUGACACAUAGUGAUGAUGUGUACUGGCAACAACCUGUUUCAUCAUGAGCUGAAUAAAAGCCAAGUGUGUUUUCAACAGUUAUGGUGGCAAUUGAUAUUACACAUGUAUUUUCAACAAUAAUGGUGGCUAUGUUUUUUUACCUAGUAAUUUUUAUAUAAUUUUGAUAUGCGUUCAGCAAUGAUUGUUGAUUGUGUUUUAUACUUGAUGAUUGAUGUUAGCUAACUUAUAAAUAUUAUUUGAACUCUUGACAUGACCAAACAAGAUCAAUCAUUAUGUUUUUGUUAAACAGUUUUAAAAAAAUUCAAAACCAAAUUAAUUUUUCUUUUUGUAAACUUUUCUAAGCUCAAGUUAUAUUGAAAUCAUAUUUAAUAUAUUAAAAGAAAGCCUGUGUUACUAAAUGAUGAUCACUAAACAUUUAUUUUUUUGAGUUGUAAUUUUUUUUUCAGCAUGCUCAGAUUUUUUUCAGACUUAACAAUUUUGUUCUUGUUUAUUCUGUUUUUGUGUGCAUAAAAAAAAUAAUGUACCAAUUAAUCCUUAAUGUACGAAUUGAGUAAAAUCUAACAUGGUCUCUCGCUACUUUCUUUCGUUCAGUUUAAAUAUAUUUUUCUUAUUUCCUAUGUUCUUGUUAAAAUAAUGUGAUAUAUCUUUGUUAUUCAAUGGUUUAUUAUUUGCUUUUUCUAAGGUUUUCAUUAAAAGAUUUAAAACUUUUUUUUAAUUUCAAUAAUUGAAAUUAUGAAUGUUAACUACCUAUAACACUUUUAUAUUGGGAUCACAUUUUUAACAAAACCUUUUACAUUAUUGUUUAUACUUUUUAUCUCUGGACUUUUACUAUUACAAUUUCUGCACACUUUCAAGAGAAUUUUAAUUUUUUUCAUUAUUCAUCUCUAAUUAACCAGUUUUUUUAUACUGCUAUUCUCAUGUUUUCAUCUGCUUUUCAUUUAUAUAGCAUAUCCGCUGUGUUUUAGCUAUUGAAGAAAACAAUACUUUGACCUUUUCCGUCCCAAAAUUUAAAAUGUCUGGGAAAGCUACGAGGAGAAAAUUAUAAAUGUGAUCAAUUGUUCUGUUUAAAGCUUGAUAACUUACUUUCUAAUAGUAUAUAGUGAGUAAUUUACUAAAAUUAUAAUUAGCUUAAUUAUAAAGCACAUAAUUGUUUAUUAAUUUAUACAAACUAAAUUUAUGUUUUCCUACAUAAAUUCUAUUAACCCGUCCUGGAAAACCUUGUUUGUAUUAACUUCAUGAAUCAACGAAUCAUUAACAUGUCAUUAUUACAGAUUUGUAGGAUUUUUUACAUUUAACUAUCUCAUUAGAUAACAUUCAACAAGCGUAACCCAAAUAUGUGGUAGAAAAUUAUAAAAAAGUUGUAUUGGUAAUUUACUAAUAGAACUUCUUAUUAAUUUUCUACCCAAUAUUUCGGUUACACUUGUAAAUGCUAUCUGAUCAGAUAAUUGAAUGUAGACUAUAGAUGAAGAUUGACCUUAGGUCAGUAUGUCAGUAGGCUACCCAAGCAACAUAGUCGAUCAGCAUGUUGAGCACCACUUUCAGGGCAUUAAAAAAGCCAAUCAAAGUGCAAUUUAUAUGACAAUUCCUUCAAGUUGAGCAACAAAUUACAAUAAAUACUCCACUGUGUAUAGAAUGUUUUUGUAAGUAAGCAGUAUUGCUUUAUUGUGUCCAUUACUAUCUGACUCACGUCUCAUAAUCAAAUUUUUUAAAUAAAAUUAACUUUUCCAUUAUACAAUUUAUUUUGUUUAGCAUUGUAUAUAAUGUGUUUAUGAUAUAAAUUAUUUUUAUUCAUUCCUAAACAGCUUCAAUAUAUUUUAUGUUUAAAUUAAUAGGGCUUUUUGGCAAAGGGUAAGAUUUUUGUUAUGGUUGUGAUUUCUCUACAUUGUUUUAUAAAAUAAUUGGUGAUAAUAUGAAUGUUAUUUUUGUUUAUCUGCCAGAUCAAAAUUAAAAAAUCAAUUGUUAACAUAAAAUCAAUUGUUAACAUUUACCGUAUGUUGUGAGUGUAAUCCACUCUUUUUUAUUUUUGCGAUCAAUUCAUCUAUGAAAUUUUACUCAGAUUUCCCACGCGUGGAUGCCAUCAAAUGCUGACCCUAAAUGUAAUUCUAAUAAUGCAUUGUUAAAUGUCUCUCCCUUUGCUUAUUAUUACGCAAGUCAGCCAAACCCUCUUUCUCAGUGGAUUAGGGUUAUAGUAUUUCAAUAAUACCACAAUAAACACAAUAAGUAAUGCUUUUUAUACAGUUUUUUUAGUUACAUAUAUCUUCUCCAUUUAUAAUCUAUAAAGAUGUAGAUAGGUGGAUUACACCCAAAAUGUAGGCUACUCCGACAGAUGUAAAUCUUAAGGAAUGGAGUUGUUAAAAAUGUUAAUAUUUUCAUAGAUUAAAUAUCUCUUUGGAUUUGUAUUUUACUAAAUUUUGCCAUCAGAAACUUGAAAUCCUUCGCUUGCUCAUAAAAUGUUUAGAUUUUAAAAAUGCACAAGUUGUCUUUUUGCUGGAAAAUUUAAUCUUUCAGAAAUAGCUGUGACACUCAAGUGACCAAUGGUAUGGUUUAUGACAGUAUUGGCAAAAUGAUUUUUUUAUGCAGUUCAAAAAAAUAUAUUGUCUCUUAAUCAAAAUGUUUGUUAUUGUAAACCUUAGAGCAUAUUCCACACCUGUUAUGAACACUUGUGAAUGAAUUCUGUGAUUUUGAAAAUGUGACAUUCUCAUUCAGAUACAAAAGGCUUUUUGUGUUGAUAGUUCUUCUAUGUGAUAGCACAUUUUCCAAAUGUUGGUCAUGAUUGACUCUCUCACUAUAGUAGUAUUUUUAAAACAUUUCUGGAUCCUUUUUUUUUUUUGGGUCUUGAUUUUGAUUUUCGGUAUCGUGUGUUUGUGUUUUUUUAAAGUACAGCAUUUUAAUAAUAAUUGACUAAAAAUCUAAAACCCUUUUAAUUAAGUAUUAGUUAACUAAUCAGGAGGAAAAUACUGAAAAGUAUUUUAAUGGAAUAGUAUUCAAGAAAAUUACUGGCAAAAUGUGUUGUUUUUUUUUGCUUUGAAAAUAUGUGUUCUGAUAAUCAUAGAUAUUGGAAAGCUAUAUAGAAAUUUUAUAUUUUGAUAUAUCAAAUUUAGUUUCUUUUACUGUUUAUUUUGAGUAUGGACAAAUAUUACUGUUUGAUACAAUUGUAUUGAUGUAUAUAUUUGUAAAUCAGUGGUUCAAAAUUCUUGCCCCGUUGCUUCAAAUGUCAAUCUAUUUUAACAGUCUUUUGAUUUAAAUUCUUUAUCAGAGACAAACAUGUUUUAAACUUAAAACUCAGAAAAAAUUAUUGAUCAUAUCAUACUAAUUUUUGUAUCAUUGUGUUUGGUGUACAAAUGUUUGACACAUAUCAUUUAUUGUCUUGUGUUUAAUCAUUUGGAUCAUUUUUUAUGUUACAAGUUGAGAAUGUUCACCCCUUCAUGCAAAACUUACAGUUAAUGAUCAUUGUGUGUACACAACAGUGAUUCACAAAAACUUUUUGCUAUAAAUACAAAUUUAAUUUGCUCAAUAUCUAAUCAAUGUUCAGACCUAUCACUUUUAACACCUGUACCUCACAAUGUGGAAAACACUUGUGUAUUUAAUUAAACCAUUUUUUUUUUAAAUUUUAUUUUGCUUCUGAGGUUGAAAAAAAAAAAUGGAUUUUCUGUUUUGUUGAAGCUAUACAGGAAAAUGUACACAACACAAAAUUGAUGUGAUUGACUGAGAUGCCCAGUCACAAAUGUUACAUUCGCUUUUAGAAUAUUCAAAAUUUAUUUCGGUUUUUUCUUGAUGCACUUGCCUGCCAAGUUAUUCAGUUGUUUUACAUAAGACUAUGUAUGUUACAGAUAAUUAAACACUUCUUGAUGCAUU